GGUGGAUGCAAGUGUGAGGACAAGAUUAGCUGUGUUUGUGGGCUUGGUAAGGGUAUUUUCCCGUACGAGUACAUUACCAGUUUCAACGUCCUAAAUGAAACUCAAGUCCCACCGAAAUCAGCUUUUGACAGCAAGCUUCGUGGUACAAGCAUCUCCAAUGAUGAGUACGAGCGUGUGAAGUUUGUCGGGGGGCACUUUGAAAUGAAGUCAAUCAAGGAUCUACUCAUCUGGUACAACAAUCUCGAUGUAGUUCCAUUCAUCAAGGCUAUCCAAGCUCAGCGUGAGUUGUUUAAACGUUUUGAUCUGGAUAUGUUUGUCGAUGGUGUAAUCAACAACAAGCUUGGCCACCUCGAUGGGAACAUCUUGAUCAGCUGCAUUUCGUGUAAUACCGCUCGUAAGGAUAUGUCUCUCGGGGGUUUUCGAUACAAGAAACUGCUCGAGUUCAAUUCGAACAGAUUGGUCUAUUCGAUUGACAAGGAGGAAUCUGAGAUAUACGGUAAGAUGAAGGCCAACAUCGCCGGUGGACCAUCCAUUAUCUUCAACCGCUACGCCAAGCGGAACGAGACAAAGAUUCGUGGUGGUAAGCUCUGUAAAAAGAUUAUCGGUUAUGAUGCCAAUGCCCUAUAUCUAUGGGCCCUUGGUAAUGAGAUGCCGUGUUGUCGAUUGACUACGAUUGAGGCUUACCCUGGUAUCAUCGAUGACAUCAAGAACGACAAAAUAUUUGGCUUUCUCGAGUGUGAUAUUAGAACCCCAGAGCACCUGAAUGAGUAUUUUAGUGAGAUGACUCCCAUUUUCAAGAAUGCUCUGAUAGACUGUACCGAUGAGAGUGUCAUUGGCAAGCAUAUGUUUGAUUACAACCAGUCUCGCGAAGCAAAUCGUUCUAAGCCUGCUCGCAAGUUGAUUGGUAGCUACUUUGGUGAAAAGAUCCUUAUCUAUGCACCGCUGCUCAAGUGGUACCUUUCUCAUGGUAUGGAGAUCACCAAGACCUACAGCUUUAUCAAGGCCAGCUCUCACACGGCAUUCACUCCUUUCAUGGAAGCUGUGUCAAAUGCUCGACGAGAGGGUGAUGAGGGGACCUCAGGGGCGCAGUCCCUGGGGUCUCCGACUCCAAGCAACAGCUUGACGCUGAUAAGUCUAAAUCUAUGA